GGGUCGUCACGCGCUGAUUGGGCGGCCAAUCGGAGACGGAGUCUUGUGAACGUUUCAAUCAUUUGCCAGUUGGCCACCAACUCAACUCAAAACUCCUCGUCGUCUCCGGCGAAACAUUUUUCAAAUUCCCUCAUUUUCCGAUCAUACACAGUCGCUCCUCUUACAAGCCAUCGGAAAACCUUCCUGUCCUCUCUCCAGAAAUUCAACUGAUCGUCUUCUUCUUGAGUAGAGGGAUAGAAACUGACGGAGAUGUCGCCAAAUUGGGAGCUGAAGGAUUGUUGCGACCGCGACCAGAAGCUCUUUCUCGCUACCGUUGGCAUCUUCACUAUAGUCAUCCUCGCGUUAUGGAGGACAUUUCUGCUUACCCCUUUCAAGCUCAUCACAGUCUUUCUUCAUGAAGCAAGCCAUGCAAUCGCCUGUAAGCUUACAUGUGGAGAGGUAAUGGGCAUGGAGGUUCAUGCCAAUGAGGGAGGGGUGACACAGACACGUGGCGGCAUAUAUUGGUUGAUCUUGCCUGCCGGAUAUCUUGGUUCAUCAUUUUGGGGCAUGCUUUUAAUCCUGGCAUCGACGGAUCUUCUAGCUGCAAGAAUUGCUGCUGGUUGCUUAGCAGCCGCACUGCUUGUCGUACUCUUUAUUGCCAAAAAUUGGACUCUUCGUGGACUUUGCAUUGGAUUCAUUAUAUUCAUUGCUAUCGUUUGGGUUCUGCAAGAAACAACUACAGUUCGUAUUCUUCGUUAUGUCAUUUUGUUCAUCGGUGUCAUGAACAGUUUGUUUUCAGUUUAUGAUAUUUAUGAUGAUCUAAUUUCAAGGAGAGUGAACUCCAGUGAUGCUGAGAAGUUUGCAGAAAUCUGCCCCUGCCCAUGUAAUGGUGUGGCGUGGGGAGUCAUAUGGGGAAUGAUAUCUUUCGUUUUUCUCGGUGCUUCCGUAUACCUUGGACUUGUAAUAUUAUCAUGAGGUUUAUGGAGUCUGAUUUGGUUCAUGUGGCUGAUUGAUGCGUUGAUACAGACUUUUACUGCACUAACUUUGAUCUCAUUCUUUCAGACCCUUGAUUGGGUUUCAUACAUAAAUAUGAUUUAUUAUUACUUUGGAACCCUUGUAUUAUUGCAGUAUAUAUUUUCUUAUUUUAUACCAUUUAUUUACUCCAAUUUUUGUGGAUAUAUGUAAAUUU